GGAAGGUGUGGGAGCUGGUAUGUUAGAGAUGGCUGGAAAGGCCCUGGAAAAAUUGUCUGUCGACACAGGUCGGCAAGAAACACUCGAGAAGAAACUCUUUGAGUUAAAUAUUCGACGCACUCUCUGGGAAAAAGAGGUCAUGAAUGCGGCCCUUGAGAGCAUUGAGGCUGCGAUCAAAGCACACGAAGAAAGGAAGACAAAAGAG